CCACAAUCCCAAUCCCUACCCCGAGCCCGACUGGAAGCGCAGCUCUCUCCCAGCCGAGGCGGCGCGACCUCCUCCCGCCGCCCCGCCGGACCCCUCGCCGCCCGACGCUCGCCUCUCCAUCCAGAUCCGCCCCUCUCGUCUCGCCGCCUGCCAGAUCCACCGGCCGCCUCCCCUCCGAUCUUGUUUUGUUGGUAGCAGCCUCUAUAUCGCUGCAAUCUGACAAAGUGGAGGGCCUAGAAGGUGAAGCUUCUUUUAUGUCUGAACAAGCAUCGGUUUAUUUGGGAUCAGUUGGAUUGCUGGGAGAGUAUUCUCGCUUGACGAGAAAAAGGCACAAGGUUGUGAUCCCCUGCAUGCAUCAAGAGCCCAUUACGUUCUUUGGUUCUGAGAGUUCACUUGCUACAGCCAGUGCAAAAAGUCAGCUCAGUUUUCUUCAAGGGCCCGCAGCUACUGCCGUUUCUGAAAUUUUCCACAUCUGAUAGCAUCUGCUGCAGAAAGCUUGAAUCAAGAUGGCGCUGCAAAACAUUGGUGCUUCAAACAAGGAUGAUGCCUUCUACAGGUACAAGAUGCCAAGAAUGUUGACAAAAAUAGAAGGCCGAGGUAAUGGCAUCAAGACAAAUAUUGUGAACAUGGUUGAUAUAGCAAAAGCACUUGCCAGGCCCGCUUCCUACACCACUAAGUACUUUGGAUGUGAGCUUGGAGCACAAUCAAAAUUUGAUGAGAAAACAGGAAUUGCCUUGGUCAAUGGUGCUCAUGAUACUUCAAAGCUGGCUGGCCUUCUUGAGAACUUCAUCAAGAAGUAUGUGCAGUGUUAUGGCUGUGGCAAUCCUGAGACUGAGGUCCUCAUCUCCAAGAAAGAGAUGAUAACUCUGAAAUGUGCUGCCUGUGGCUUCCUCUCUGAUGUUGACAUGAGGGACAAGCUCACUACAUUCAUCCUGAAGAACCCGCCAGAACAGAAGAAGGGAGGCAAAGACAAGAAAGCUAUGCGAAGAGCUGAGAAGGAGCGGAUGAAAGAAGGUGAAGCUGCUGAUGAGGAGAUGAAGAAACUCAAAAAGGAUGCAAAGAAGAAAGGUGCUUCUUCCAAGGAUACAAAGAAAAAGGCUGCUGGGGGAGGUUCGGAUGAAGAACAUGCAACCUCACCAACUCACAGUCAAGGUGCUGACAUUGCAGCUGCUGGAGAUGAUGAUGACGAUGAUGAUGUGCAGUGGCAGACUGACACAUCAGCGGAAGCUGCGAGAAAGCGCAUGGAGGAGCAGCUGAGUGCAGCAACUGCUGAAAUGGUUAUGCUUGCCACCGAGGAGACGGAGAAGAAGAAGAAACAGGCCCUGCACAAAGAGGGCAGUUCCAAUGGGACACCAAAGGCUGAAGGUAAUUCCAAUGGCAACCAGACUGGGCCAAAGACCACUCCUUAUGACGAACUGGUUGAAGAGAUCAAGGCCAACUUGGGCAAUGCUGCCACCGCAGCUCAGCUCAAGGGUGUCCUCUCCUCCUCAGCCCUGCCCCCCAAGGACGUGAUGCAUGCUCUCUUUGAGGCACUCUUCCACGGCGUGGGCAAGGGGUUUGCAAAGGAAGUGGUGAAGAACAAGAAGUACCUUUCCGCUGCGGUGCCUGAUGAAGGGUCCCAGAUGCUCCUGCUCCAGGCUAUCGAGGCGUUCUGUGGCAAGUGCAGUGCUGAAGCCCUGAAGGAAGUCCCCGUCGUCCUGAAGGCCCUCUAUGAUGGAGACGUCCUCGAGGAAGAAACCAUUGUCCAGUGGUACAAUGAAGCUGUCGCUGCCGGCAAGAACUCCCAGGUGGUGAAGAGCGCCAAGCCGGUCGUGGAGUGGCUCCAGAGCGCCGAAUCUGACGACGACGAGUGAGAGGCAGUACUGCGAUUCCCUACCACCCUACUACUAAGCGUCUUUGAUAAGUCUCUGUCGUUGUUUUUCAGCUUUUCGUAUUUGUGGUGUUUAAACUUUGAGUUAUUGGUUAUUUCAGUAUCUGAGUCAGUUUGGUGUUUAAACCUUGAGUUAUUGGUUAUUUCUGUAUCGAGUCAGUUAUUAAACGAAAGACAAUAUGCCUGGUCUGUUUCAUCUGGUGUGCCUGUUUGUUUUAUUGCCAUCUUUGGAUGAAACUACGUUUGAAUACAUUAAAUGUGAGAUGUUGUUAUA